UUGUUAGCCAGAUACAGGCUGUUAUAAAGCACGUCAGUCAUCCCGCCACUUUGAUUUUCUUCAGUUUAACUGUUUGAUAUUUUGGCCAGGUAAAGAGUAUGCACUGGGAAAAAUCACAGCCAUCUGCCCAGGGAAGGUCCCGGCCGUACCAGGGAGUUCGUGUCCGGGAUCCAGUUAAGGAGCUGCUGAGGAGAAAGAGGAGCCUGGAGCAUCACAGCACUAAGACCACGCAUUUCACAGCUGAUGUGGUGGAUUACAGCAAUCAGUCAUCGUUUAUACAAGGUGGUUUUUGUUCAGAUGUUGCCAGUGUUUCCCCUGCUGAGCAGUCUCCUGGGGCAGCAGACCGAGGGCUACAGGGUGCCGGGUGGAAACCUGCUCCCCCCAUCACCACCGCUGGGCUGCAGCCUGCUGUGAUGCCGUGGUCUUCAUCUGACUACAACCAGCAGGACUCCACAGCUCAGACUCUGGCCUACCCAGCUGCCUCUACCCUCACUGCUGAUGUAUACAUGCAGACUCUGUGUCCCAGCUACACCAUGCUGACCUAUACACACACACCACUGCUAACUAACUUUGGCACCAUACCAGUGGCUCCAGGUCAAAGCUCCCUCACCCCGAUGGAGCUCCCAGACUCUGGGCUGGCCUACCCCUUGUGGGCACAGCCUCUUACCACCAUAUCUGCUAUGCCCAACCCAGGAGUUCAGUUUGCCUCAGGUUCUGCAGCUCUGCAUGGACCCCCUUUGGUUCAUAUGCCUUUACCCAUGUCUUUGACCGCCAUGAUUCCUCAACCAGAGAUUCAGGCGGUGGACCCUCACCCUCAGAUUCUGGACACCCAACAGCACUCAGGGCAUGAGCUGGACCAAGAACCACAAGAUCACUCUCUGGCAGAAAAUCCUGAAGAAGAACCAGUGUCCCCUAAUCUGCUGGAUAAACUUCUGGAAGAUCAGAAGGGGCAUGAUGACGAAGAAGACAAGAAUUCAUAUUCCAGCUCCAUGUUCUUACCUAAUGUUUGAAGUCACAACUAUUCAGUCCAUUGAAACAGAAUUUUUUUUAACUCAGUGGUCAUGAGAUUGCAGAAGAUUUUGGCAUACUCAUUUACUUUAACUCAAUUCUUGCCUUCGUUCAUAGACAAUCCACCUUCCAAUCAGACAGAGCUGGAAAUGUUUAGCAAAUAAGUAUGGGCGAAAAUCUCAGCCACUAGAUGCACAAAACAGAUAGAUUAAUUUCACAAAGAUUAAUUUGCAGUAAAAUUUGAUUCUAUUUAGAACUGGCAGUGGGGAAUGAACAGAAAUGCAUGACAAAUGUUUUUGUCCCAUAGUUUACAGAAAUCUGUCCCCCCCAAAAAAUCCCAAAUUCAUUUGUAUUUGUGUGAAAAUGUGAAAAAACAUCAACAAUUAAGGCACAGCAUUUCCCUAUGCAAACUUGGAUGUAACUUCACACAACUGGUUCUUUCCGAGUACAUCUUUCCUGCCUUUCACCUGUGUUGUAGGCCUAGAGCACUCCUCAUGUUCUGUCUGAAAAAUAAAGAAGCCUCACUCAACUAAAGUCAACAGUUGUCUUCAGUUGAAAAAUAAGAAACAUUGCUCUGUUUGUAAAUCCUUGGUUCUAGUGGUGUAACAUGAUGGUGGCAAAAUAUUGUCAUCAGGAAUUUAUCCUCUCUUCACAUGUUAGUUAUUUCCAUUGAUGACUGUGCAGCAGUGGGAUGGGGUGGAGGUUGUGAAAAGGCGGUGAUCUUAGGUUUUGCCAUAACACUGUCCUAAAUAUGUAGGAUGCAGAUAUUUCUAUUGGAACGUGUUAUGUUUCAAUCAAAGGCACAAAUAAGGUAUAUUUAAGGUUUGUCUACAACCACAACUACAGGGAUAAGAACUGAUAACAUAUUCAAUUGUUAAUAUUUAGACAUAUACAUAGUUUGUCAUUCAAUUUUACAUGUAAAAAAUGUACAAAUUUAAAGAAAUUUUGUUGUAGGCUCCAAUAAAAAAAGUAUGAAUGGAAAUAUAGAUAAUAAAA